GUCGCAGAUGCAAGAGGAGUCCUCUCAGCGGCAGGAGGCUGUGAAGCGCCUUACGGAGGAGCAAAUACAAAGAGAGCGGAGGCAGAGCGAGCGCGAGCGCGCGGAGCUGGAGCGCGAGACGCUGCGCGUGAAGGCGCUCGCGGAGGCUGAGGGGCGCGCGCUGGAGCGGCGCCAGAACGAGGACGUCUACCGGCGGGAGCUGCUGACCAAGAUGGAACUAGAGCGGGAGCGAUUGCUCGCGGCAAUCAACACCACGUUCCGGCAGAUCGGCGCAGGGGUGUACGGACUUUUGGGCGACCGGGAGAAGCUGACGCGGACGGUGAUCGUGACGACAGCACUCGCGGCGGGGGUGUAUUCGACACGGGAGGGGGCGCGGGUGGUCGGGAGGUACCUCGAACGUGUACUCGGCCAACCGUCGCUCGUCCGCGAAUCCUCGCGCGCCACGUUCCCCUUCCUCUGGCGGCGCGGUGCGCACUCGAACGCUGGCUUGCUCGCGUCAAACCCGGCGACCGACGCGAUGCGCAAGGGCGAGGGCUUCGGUGACGUCAUCCUGCACCCCGCGCUGCUCUCGCGCGUGCGCUCGCUCGCGUCCGCGACCGCCAACACUAAGAAGCACGGGGCGCCCUUCCGGAACAUGGUCUUCUACGGGCCGCCGGGGACGGGCAAAACGAUGGCCGCCAAGCAGCUCGCGCGCGACUCGGGCCUCGACUACGCGCUGAUGACGGGGGGUGACGUCGGCCCGUUGGGGCCCGACGCGGUGACCAAGAUCCACCAGCUGUUCGACUGGGCGGGCAAGAGCCGCAAGGGGCUGCUUCUCUUCAUCGACGAGGCGGACGCGUUCCUGAAAGAGCGAAAUGCGGUCAGCAUGAGCGAGAAUCUGCGCAGCGCUUUGAACGCCCUUCUCUACCGCACCGGUGACCAGUCGCGCGACAUCGUGCUCGUCGUUGCGACCAACCGGCCGGAAGACCUGGACCGUGCCGUCGUCGAUCGAGUGGACGAAGCUCUAGAGUUCCCCUUGCCCGGCGAGCAGGAGCGGGAGAAGCUGAUACGAUUAUACCUGGACAAGUACGUGAUGCGUGCGGGCGAGGACAGCCGGUCGUCGUGGCGGAAGCUGCUCCGGGGGGGCUCGGACAAGAUCGAAGUGCGGGGGAUUACGGAUGACCUCCUUCAAGAGGCCGCCUCAAAGACGGAAGGUUUCUCGGGGCGCGAGUUAGCAAAGCUCAUGGUGAGCAUGCAAGGAGCCGCGUACGGGAGCCAAAAGAGCGAGUUGACACCAGAGCUGUUCCAGGAAGUUUUGACGUACAAGGUCGCGGAGCAUGCGCAGCGAAAGAAGAUAGUCGAGCAACACCAAAGCGCACUAGCGGCUCCGGCAGGCUCAUGAGGGGUAUCGAUACUUUGAUUCUGCAUUGUAUGCUUGUACCGGAGUCGAACACGAGUUUUUGCGGGACCAUACGGAAGACUGGAUGUUGCCUGUGUCAAUAAGUUGAGUCGGGAGUUUUGCAAAGGGCGCGCGUAACCUUUUCCGGCGCCCGCAUGCAAGUCUAAGCAGAGCGGAUGCAGAGGAUGGUCAUGAAGUUUCUCAUGCAUCAUUUGACUUUCGCCCAAUUUCAUACGACGGUCUAGCUCGUACAAGCUCAGUGCCUUACG